CGGCCAGUGGUGAGGACAGGUGUGACGGUCACGGCGGCGGUGGAGGUGGUGGCGAUGCGAGAGUUGCUGUCCCAUGACGAAAGACAGGGGUCAGAUUACCGUCAGACAAAAGCAAUUCCUCUAAGAAGUUGUCAACAAAAGACUUCCAGCAUCUCCUCCGGCCUCCUCACCCGACGUACAGUAGUUACCAACACCGUGAUUCCCUUGACCCAGAGCACGGAAGACUGUCAGUUGAGGUCCUUGUGUUUCUCUUGGCUGAAGACUGCUAUAGUGUGUUGACUGUGGUGGCUGUUAAAGAAUACUACGUCUGAUUGAGUUAUUGUGUCCGUGGAUUCUGAUAGUAAUUCUGAUUCUGCUGGAGGAAAUAUUGUUUAAAGUGUUGGUUCGCUGUGGACCUGGACGAGUCAAAUUGAUUCAAGAGAUUCUCCAGUUGUGUUAAGGUGAUUCGCCUCUGUAGAAAGAUUCUCACGUCGUCUUGGGAUUCUCCUAAGGAAGGAACUCUCUGGUGAUAAGAGAUUCUCUUUUACCUGGUGUUGUGUUGAGGUCUCCAACAAGUACCUGAUUCUGGUCUCCAUUAUCUCUCCCCCGGACGAUUGCUUUCCCUCGUGAGGUUGACGGUAUGCUUGGGUAACUUAAAAAAAUAAAUAGAACAUUGCAUUUUGUUUUAAGAUCAUAGGAAAAUUACCCCUAGAAGCGUUAUUUUGCUGUGUUAGACUAUAGGAAGUUGUAAGAGUGGAUUGCUCGUGAUAAUCAAGACUGAGGUGGCGACAACAGAUUGAGAAAUGCCUCAUGGAAGUCUUCGUUACUGUCAGUGAAUGGCCAGCGUCGGGAGUCAUUCUUAGAGAAGGAAAAGUCGAGAAACGUGAAAAGCCACAAUAUUCAAAUGACCAAGACACGCCCGUCACUCCCUCUUCAGCUGGUGGGGCAACAGAGCCACCACCUACUGCUGUUACAACACGUCCAUCUCCACCAGCUGCGACAGAUUCAAGGCUUAGAAAAUACCUUCUCUCGAGGAUCAACUAUGACCAACAGCUGGGUCCCGUUCCUCCUUCAGCAGGUCGCCGUCAGUCGUCACCUGAACCUCCUGCGAGAAAGACCUUCGGUGAAGAUAAAGUAAUAUGGAGUCCCUCUCAUAUAACUAUUAAGCAUCGCACGAGACCUGAUCAACCCCCACGUUCAAUCGUGUUUCCUCUUUGUGCCUUCACUCACUCCAGAGAUCUCUGUUCGAGGACAAUAGACAGUCGCCACCAGCAGCAUUUUUCGAGGCUUACGACACCCACCAACACCCACAGAUCAAGGUCUUCCUCCCAGAGACCAACUUUUCCACAAGCAACUCGUAUUCCUACAUCCAUGGGACCAAACCCUGACGUGGCAGUACAACAGAUAUUGGAGUCAAGACUCACUGUAGCCAGUUCACAGAGGACCCCACGAGACACUCACAUAACACCACGUCAACACCAAUUCUCCCGUGUUUGUUUUGGUAGCAGGUGUAGCGGUGGCGAGUCAGGCUGUGCACUUAGACUGAGAUCCUGUGAUAAAUUGAGCUAUAUUUUCUCUUUAAUGUCUUGUAGUCAGACAGAAGUAUUAGCUGUAGAAAUAAUCCAGAAAGAAUCUAUUAGUGAACUCGUAUUAAAAAAGUUUAGUCAAGUUAGGUAUCACCAACUAAAACCCCCGAGAAAGAAUGUUUACAAUCUGCCAUUAAGAAUUAAAGUUCAGAUCAGUGACCUCCAAUCAGACACCAGGGACCGCCAAAAUUAUAAUCUCAUGUUACACGUCCGGAGAGAAGUCGUUGGUUUUUCACAGUUAGUCAUUAAAAAACAAGUCAGUUCUGUCCCUCCAGCCGUCACCGGCGGUCAGGUCAGCCACAUUCCACCAGAUAACUUUAAAACCCAAAUGACAUUGAUCUAUUCAGCAGAGACUCAGAAUCGAGAAUUUUUUUUACAAAAAACUGAACUUGAUGUCAGUUAUAAGUUACCAGCAAGAAGCAAUAUUCUCAACACUCGUGAUGGCCACACCGAAGACUCAGGCACCCCAGGCAGCUACAACACCCACAGCUCCGCCACAACUCACCACACCAGCAGAGGUAUUAGAAAAUCUCAUUGGAAUCCUCGCCAGUUACCGCUAUUUCCAAUACCCAGGACGCCGCCAGCACGGAGACCCGAACCGAACCACUAUGAGGAGAAUAGAUUUAAGAGGUCCGAGGUCUCUUCCUUGGAUAGAGAUACUACCGAGAGAUUCCUAUUAUGCGGGAGAUCUUGCCAUCAGUCAACAGUGUGUAACUCAGGAAGGGAAAGUUCAGCGAAAAGGAGUGAAGAGGAGCAGCAGUCAAGGGAAUAUGGUCGACUUCCCCGACGAGAAAUACAACUUGUGGCACUCGCUCAGAAAAGUGCAAGAGAAGUUACGAUAAUGAAGGAUAAUUGGCGUAUUGGAGCAGGUCCUGGAAUAGACCUUGUUAAGAUCAACACUAGAAAGAUGGAGACAUGUGAUCAAAGGCUGUGUAUGAAUCACCAGCUCGCCACCAGGGAGAAAACCUCAAUGGUAGUGAAUGGAUGUCAACAAGGAACUCAAGAGGUGGAGGAGGACUCGCAGUGUGAGGUGACCCGCUGGUGUAGGGCGUCACCAUGCCAUCCUGGAGCCAUAGGAAGACCCGCCCUGGACAGAAGACAACAUGGAGUGGUUAGGCAGAGCGGUUGGGUGGUGUGGGCGUCGUGGGUGCUGGUGAUGGUGGCUGUGUGGGCGUGUGUUGCUCUCACCUACGCCCAUCCUCAUCAAAACACAGGCGGUGGGUGUGACGAUUACAUCACAUCACCUCCUAAUAAAAGCUGCUAUAGUCUCUCCCUGGAAACUACCCACAGAGCCUGGCGAAGCUCUGCCCGUGUGUACGAGUGUUGGGACAUCUUAGUAUUACCCUGAUGAAGGACGAGGGUGAUGACAACCAGGUGCUGCGAAACUUCACCUUUCCGUACCUGAGGGAGAUCACCGAUUACCUGCUCCUGUAUCACGUAAAAGGCCUUACCUCCCUCGCCUCCCUCUUCCCUGGCCUCUCUGUUAUCAGGGGCAUCACGCUCUUCCACAACUACGCUUUGGUGGUGUACAGUCUGUCUCACCUAGAGGAUGUGGGGCUUCACUCCCUCACUACCAUCCUGCGCGGCUCCGUCAGGAUAGAGAGGAACCCUUCCCUCUGCUACGCCCACACCGUCGAUUGGGACAACAUCACUCGGUACCGCCUCAGGGAGAACGUCAUAAAGAGGAACCGCCUGAAGGGGGAGUGUGCAUCGUGUCCUGGGAAGUGUCGUGAGUCGAGUAAUUGUGAGGAUACGCGGUGCUGGGGGCCUGACCACUGCCAGC